UAACUGUUAGUUAACUCUUUGCUAACUGUUCUUUUAACUGUUACCUAAGUGUUUGCUAACUGUCAGCUAACUGUUAGCCUUCCGUUUGCUAACUGUUAGCGCUCCGUUUGCUAACUGUUAGCGCUCCGUUUGCUAACUGUUAGCGCUCCGUUUGCUAACUGUUAGCUAACGACAAACUAACAGGAGCAGCCGGUGAGUAAAUCAAACGCACCGACAAGUUUGUUGACAUCACGUGUUGAGAAUUUUUCCGCGGGUUUUAAAGGCCUGAAGCGCUUCGUAGCUAAAGACUGUUAGAGAUGCCACCAAAGAAAAAAGCCAGAGUGAGUAAAAGAACUGCAAGUUCAGGCAAAGAUGACGAUGGGGAAACGGUGUCUUCAGCUGGCGGGAAGAGAAAAGCUGCAGCUUCCGUUGGAAAAAAUGAGAAGUGCUCAGAGUCACCUGGUUCUCCACAAUACAGUCACUGGCUGAUGAAGUCUGAGCCUGAGAGCCGCUUUGAGAAUGACAUCGAUGUGAAGUUUGGCAUUGAAGAUCUGAAGGCCUUGCCUGAUCAAACUGGCUGCUGGGACGGUGUCCGCAAUUAUCAGGCUCGCAAUUUCAUGAGGCAGAUGAAGGAAGGGCAGCUGGCCUUCUUUUACCACAGCAACUGUAAAGAACCGGGAAUAGCAGGAGUCAUGAAAAUUGUGAAGGAAUCCUAUGUGGACCACACACAGUUUGACAAAAAAGACGUCCAUUAUGAUGCAACCAGCAAACCAGACAACCCCAAGUGGAGCAUGGUAGAUGUCCAGUAUCAAAGAAUGAUGAAGCGGUUUCUUCCGCUGUCGGAGCUUAAGAAGUACCACCUGCAACAUCGUGCCAAUGGAGGGCCUCUGAAGGACAUGGCGCUUUUUACAAGGGCCAGACUUUCUGUCCAACCCCUCACUGCUGAGGAGUUUGACUUUAUCUUGAGUCUGGAGGACGAAGUGGCGCUGUGAGGAUUUGCUUCGCGAUGCAGUGAAGUCGCCAAACAGAUAUGUAAAGUACCUUCAAGUUCAGUGGUUAUGGGACAUGGAACUGCUGUCAUGUUUUGUGUUUAUAAAAUUAAAUGUGAUUAUAUCAAAUUAUGA